AUGUUCCCUUCGUCAGCGGCGAUGCUGAAGAAUCUGCAACAAAGUGCAAUGACCUCGCCCUUUUUAAUGGAGAACUUGCUCCAGAGCAAGGCGUCGCCCGGUGCCGAUCUAACCAGCUUGACCUUGAACUGGGCGGCCAGUCUGGUGGCGAGACAGCGUGAACGAGAAUGCGAGGCGAACCUGAGGCUCUCCAGGGAGAAAGUAUCGCCGUCCAGUGCGAAUCAAGAUCAACUGGAUCAACGAUCGUCUGGUGCACGUGGUACAGAUCGAGGGAAUCCUAUGAUCGACUGCAGGGACCAUCAGAGAGGGUCGUCGGGGAGGAUUGAUCGUCAGAACGAUCGGAUGCAAAUUUUACGGGAGAAGGAGAGCAUGGAGAGGAGUCAAAUCGCUUACGUGGACAUCGACAACGAGAGGAUCGACGGGCAUGUGAUCGUCGAUCGUCUCUGCGCGAUGGAGAGGCUCUGUAACGAGAGGAUCGAGACUAGAUCGAGCUCGGCGGUUGAUUCGUGCAACUCGAACGUCGACGAGGAUCCGACGAGCAUCGAGAUGGACGGCGGACUCCAAGGUGAGAGGGAAAAGGAUGACGGUACGCUGGGUGGCGAACGCGUGUCGACAGGAUUACAGCCGGACAGGCGGUACGACCUUGGAUGCAGAAACGUCAUGCACAUGUCCGACGAAAUGACGAUUCAAGGGGAGAGAGAGGUGGUGGUCGAGCGUGUCGUCGACAGGAUAGGUGAGAGAACGACCGCCUGUUCCUGCGGCGACGAGCAGUGCUUAGGACCCGCAUGCAGGACCAUUCAGGAGAAGGAGAAGCCGCAACUCAAGUUCAGCGUCAACGCUAUACUUGGCGGCAAUCAUGACAGGCGACCACAUUCGGAGAAUUUUCAAGGACUCCCACCAGAAGCAAUACCAGCUUUUCUGCAAAAUUUACAGAAUUCUGCAAGCUACAAUAUAGCGAAACCUAUCGCCAGACCGGCGGCUUAUCAUCCGUAUCACAGGCCGAGUCAUCAGCCGCCUCAGCGUCAUUUACCCCCGAAUGCGCACCACACGUUGCAACAAUUGUUCUACAGAGGACCUUAUCUAACAGUUGCCGGUUCCGGAACUGGAGGUCAUCAUCCGGGUGCUCCAGGUGGCGGAACUGCGUUUCCAGGUGCGAUUCAAGGCGGUUUGGGCGAUUUCACGAGCACCGGACUGGUAUUUCCAUGGGCGACGAACGCCCGCGGAAAACCUCGUCGUGGAAUGAUGAGAAGGGCAGUUUUCUCGGACCUUCAAAGGCGUGGCCUUGAGAAGAGGUUUCAGAUACAAAAGUACAUCAGCAAGCCGGAUCGUAAAAAAUUGGCCGAGAAACUCGGCCUGAAGGAUUCUCAGGUGAAAAUCUGGUUUCAAAAUCGACGAAUGAAGUGGAGGAACAGCAAGGAGAGAGAAUUAUUAGCGACCGGCGGAUCACGGGAGCAAACGUUACCGAACAAGAACAAUCCAAAUCCAGAUUUGAGCGACGCCGAUGGAGACAGACCGAGGAUGGACUUGAGCGACGUGAGUCCCUUAACGAGUCCUCAGCGACCGGAAGAACAGACGGAGAACGAGGAGGACGAGGAGAUCAACGUCACGUGA